AUGUUGUUGCCCGCUGAGCCAAUACGCGAAGGGCCUGCAGCUAAUGACCUCCCCGUGCAUUACCUCCGCCUCCUGGCCCCGCCCUUGCAGCUCCUGUCAGCCGCGAUGUGGCGCAUCGUUCAGCAGGGACUGGUGGACCACUACGGCAUGCUGGAGGAGUUUGUUACCAUGGUGACAGAGCUGGUCCCUGAGCUCAUGAGCUACAGCCAGAGGGCUCAACUCACCCUGGGACUCAGGGCCAGGCUUGUUCUGGAGAUGUGUCGAGGUGAGAAGCCUGCAGACAUGCGGGCCAUCCAGCCCCAUCUGGACAGAAUCAAAGCGCCGGCCAGCACAGCCAAGGAUCACCAUAGCACCAUCGACCUGGUGGAGGAGUCCGAGGUGAACUUUGUGGAGUUGGUGCACUCCUUAUUAGAGGAUCCAAUGGAAAGGAAGUACUUUUUUGAGGAGAUUUUUCCUGUCUACUUCGGCCCAAAAUAUGACGCGGCCCUGGAGAUGCUUGUAUGGGAGUUUAUAUCCCGACUGGAGGAGCUUCUCCCCGUCCCUGACUUCACUCAGCUGGCAGCUUUGCUCGGAGACGCUCCGUCCUUCCUCAGCGACUGUUUACAAUCCUUUUUCCCACCAGCUGAUAUGAAGGCUCUACUUGAACACCACAGAAACCUUGGGCAUUUUGAAGAGAAAGAUCCGAGGUUAUUACCUAUGGACGAUUGCAUCCUCACCUCCAUGUCGUUGCCCCCCGGGACCAAAGCCACCACCGACGCUACCUCCUACUUGCCCGCUCACAGAGAUCCGAAACCCUCGGAGCAUCGCGCAGACGCGCCUGGCGGUACAAGCGCCGUUGAGAUGGCGAGUAGGAGGCCUCGCGAUGACGGGAGGAAGCAGAAUUCCUCUGAUGAAACCAUAGACCUUACGACGUCCAAUGACCCCGAGCCCGAGGUCUCGGAGACUAAUGAGCUAAACUUGAGCUUCAGAGGGGGACGGGCACUCAGAAAGAGGAAGCUGAGCGGCGGUGUGGAGAUGCCCGGCAAGCAGCGGAUGGAGGUGUCGUCAUUCUUAGAGUCCUCAAUGGAUGAUGAGAAUUCUGGUGAAUCCCCUUUAAUCUCCAUAUGGGGGGAUUAUACAGAAGGUCAUUCGGCGACAACGAGCGACCCAAAGGUUCCCUGGUCGGAAGAGGAGACGCUCCACCUGCUGGACAUUUGGGGGAGCGACUCAAUACAGCGGGCAUUGAAGGGCUGCUUGAAGAACCGCCACAUUUACGUGCAGAUCGCCCAGACGCUAGCUGAAAGGGGCUUUAAGAGGACGGUGGAGCAGUGCCAGACGCGGAUCAAGCGCCUGAAAAAAGGCUACCGGCAGAAUAAGUUAGUCUUGUCAUCUUCUCGGUGGUCACUGCUUCAAUUCUUAAAGCGGCCGCUGCUCUUCUUCAGAGGAACGUCUAGAGUGGAGCACACAUUUUACGAGCACAUGAAGCGAGUGCUGGGCUCACCGGCGUCGUCCGCCGCACCCGAUUCGGCGUACGACGUGGAUGAGGUCAUCGACGAUGAAGAGUCUCAUGACGGCGAUGAGGAUUUGCAGUUUGUGGGACACACCAGUCAAGAAAUGGGAACCAGAAAUGUACCGUGGACAGAACCGGAAACGCUGGCUCUCAUCAACACGUGGGGCCAAGAGAAGAUGCAGCAAGAAAUGAGAGGAACCAACAGAACCAUGCACAUGUUCCCCAUCAUCUCCACCAAGAUGGCCUCGCAGGGAUUCUCAAGGACUUCGGAGCAGUGCCAAACCAGACUCAAGAGGCUCAAGUCCAGCUUCAGGCAAUGCUACGAAAACAACAUGAAGGGUUUGGAGCAAGUUCAGUGCAAGUUCUACAACGAACUGGCCCAGUUUUUGUUAAAAGAACGCCGGUCGACGCCGCAACCGAACGAGACAUCCGACGACAACGACUCCUGCUCCAUUCAGGACGUCGUGUCGGUUGUCAGCCUUCAGGAUGACAGAAAAAAAGUCCCAUGGGCUGACAAAGAAACCAUAAUUCUUCUGGAACUUUGGGGAGAAUCACAGAUCCAGCAGAGCACAAAAGGCUUCCCGCCAAAUGUACAUAUUUUUAGCGAAAUAUCAGAGAAACUGUCCGUCCACGGCUUCACGCGCACGGCCGAGCAAUGCCACACCAGAAUCAAACGUCUGAAGACGAGCUAUUGGCAGUGCCGUGAUAGCUUGAGCUCAUCUGGGACCGAUAAGGUGAAUUUUAAAUUCUUCGAUUUAAUGGAACAAAUCCUGGACAAGCGUCCGUCCACAUCUGUUGCCUUGGUGACCGACCCCAUUGAAAUAUCAGAAGACUCCAAUGGCGACUCAGUGACUGAAACAGUCGCCAUCAGCCCGUGGUCGGACGCCGAGACCUCGGCGCUGAUUGACAUAUGGGGCGAAGAAGAAGUGCAGCGCUCGCUCACGGGUUUCAUCCCCAACGGGCACGUUUACGCCGAGAUUUCCGGGCGGCUGCAAGACCUGGGCUUCUCUAAAACACCGGAGCAGUGCCACGAGAAAGUCAAGGGGCUGAAGAGCAGAUUUCUUCAAUGUUACGAGGAGAAAAAAUGCGGAAGGCGAGUAGACGAUAAAUUCUACGAGCAGUUAGAACACGUUUUCGGAGCAGAGGCUCUUUCGCCGGACGAGCUAGACGACUCGCGUGACGCCGGCUCGGCAGACCCUCUGAAUGUGCCGUGGAGCGAGCGCGAGACGGAGACGCUGGUGGAGAUUUGGGCCGCCGCCGACGUGCAGCACAGCCUGAAAACGUGCGUCCGCAACGGUCACGUCUUCGUGGACAUCGCCGAGAGGUUGGCUGUCGCCGGGUACGCCAGGAGCGCCGAGCAGUGCCAAGCUAGGAUUAAACGACUCAAGAAGACGUAUAGGCGCCACUGCAACAGCCGCAGAAAUGGUCGAUCCGGCGCCUUCCGCUACUUUAACCUCUUUGCUCCAGUUCUGGGUGAUAACGCGCUGUACAACGAUGUGGAUACUUCCUCUUCUAUGACCGCAUCUUUGCCCAAUCUAGAAGAAUCCUACGCAGAUGUCUACGAGCAGCCCUCCACCAGCCACCUCCUGCCAGACCCGAGCAGAAAGACGCCAUGGUCGGACCGCGAAACGCACACGCUGCUGGAGAUCUGGGGCGAAGACAACGUGCAGUUGACGCUACGCGGCUGCCUGAAGAACCGCCACGUCUUCGAGUUCAUCUCGGAGAGGAUGAGCAACCGCGGCUACGCCAGGACCACCGAGCAGUGCUACACCCGCAUCAAGCGCCUUAAAUAUGGAUUCCUCCAUGAAAAGCAGGACUUUAAGUUCUUCCGAGAAAUGGAGGAAAUCUUCAGUCGGGAGUUGAAGUCGGACCUGGUGGGCAUCCCGGCGCCAGACGAGCCCGACGACGGUGCAUACGAACCCAUAAGAGGUGAGACGAGAACAUUCAACUUCAGCCGAGGCUUGACGACUGCCAAACCGCCCCUUCCAGAUUUCGUCGUUUCCCCGGGCAGCCAGUGGUUGUCGGACAACUCCAAGCACCCGUGGAGUGACGGCGAGACUGAAGUUCUGCUGAGCGUGUGGGGGAGCGAGGACGUGCAGGAGAACCUGAAGAGCUGCACAAAGAACAAGCACAUCUUCAUGCAGAUCUCCGACACCCUCGCCACUCAGGGCUACCAGCGCACACCCGAGCAGUGCCAGACCCGAAUCAAGAGACUCAAGUACAGCUUCCGGCAAUUCCUCGACGGCAGGAAAGGAGACAAACAGGAGUGCAAGUACUUCGACCAGCUGGUCAAGAUAUUUGGCGACAAGUACGUCGUGUCCGAACCGCAGCCCGACGAAGCGGCUGAUGUCAGUCGUAAGAUUAAAGUCGCCGUGCCAAAAGAAGGGAGGAGAAUAAUGUUCAAGCAGGACAUUGAUGCUGAAAAACUGUGA